CUGGGCGGGGACGCCCGCGGUGACUUCCUGUGUGGAAUUGCUGAGGGGUAACUUGGCGCGUCACUGCCAUGGACCCCUUCCUGGUACUGCUGCACUCGCUGUCCGGCAGCCUGUCGAACAGCGAUCUGAUGGAGCUAAAGUUCCUGUGCCGUGAGCGCGUGGGCAAACGAAAGCUGGAGCGCGUGCAGAGUGGCCUGGACCUGUUCUCAGUGCUGCUGGAGCAGAACGAUCUGGAGCGCGCCCGCACCGGGCUGCUGCGCGAGCUGCUGGCCUCGCUGCGCAGACACGACCUACUGCAACGCCUAGACGACUUCGAAGCGGGGACCGCGGCCGCGGCCUCGCCGGGGGAGGCAGAUCUGCGGGUGGCAUUUGACAUCGUGUGUGACAAUGUGGGGAGAGACUGGAAGAGACUGGCCCGUCAGCUGAAAUUGUCUGAGGCCAAAAUUGACGGGGUUGAGGAGAGGUAUCCCCGAAGCCUGAGUGAUCAGGUAAGGGAGACUCUGAGGGUCUGGAAGAUUGCCGAGAGGGAGCAAGCCACGGUGGCUGGACUGGUCAAGGCACUGCGGGGCUGCCGGCUGAACCUGGUGGCUGACCUGGUGGAAGAAGCAGUGCAGGCCCAGGGGUCUGUGAGUGAGAGUGAGGUUGUGUCCCCAGUGCUGUGGGACCCAACCGUGUCUUCCUCAGAAGCACUGUGACCAGCCUGCUGCUCCUGUCAGGAGUCACUGUGGACUUGAUACACUCUGUGCUGCAUCACCAAGUGCCUUGGUUCCCAGUGCCAAGAAAGAAGACCUUGUGGAUCCAGGCCAGAGCCCGCUCACAAGCUUGAACUGGCUCCUGAAGCAAAGCUGUAUGUAUAGAACCUCUGCUCCCUGAGCUUUGGGGACACAUGGAGGUUUCCCUUCAUGUUCUCCACUGCUGCUCCUUCCCCUGAGAGAAGUCCCUGGUCUCGCAAGGAGGAAGUUGGAGCUAAUGGCACACGUGUUGAAAGUUUGAGAGCCUUCCUGUUGUUCCCCGGGGAAGGACACCAACUCAGUCCAGAGCACUUGGCUGCCUCACAGUUGGGCCCGAGGACAUCUGUCCCAUUUCCUUGGAGGCCAUCAGAGAACAGCACCUGCCGCCCAAACAAGUGGUCCUUGCAGGAGCCUGGCACACCUCACCCUGGCACAUCAGCUCCUGCGAGCACUGAUUCUAAAAUGCAUUGUCUCCCCAAAUUGCUGCCUCCGGGAAGGACUGCUUUAAAGGGUGGCCUCCCUGUUUCUACCAUGGCCUUCAGACAAGUGCCCUGGGCCUAGAUGUGGGGGCUCCCUCUGAAAUCCUAGCACUUGAGAGUUGAGAAUUGCUGCACUCCAUGGCAACGUGAAUGAGAGCUACACAGGAGACCGUCUCACACAAACAAAAGCAAGUGUCUCUACCUGGAAACACCUGUCGCCCAGGAUUUCCCCUAUGUUAAGGACCCUUCUAAUCUCAGAAGUAGGGCAGGCUGACUACAGUGUCCUUACAGCCCUAGGUGCUAGUUGUGAAUGGGGUGGUGGGAUUUCCUGUCUGGUUUGCUUCACAUCAGCAAGGGGCCCUGACUUGCCACACCUAUGGCUGGGUACACCUUUGAUCAUAGCACUCAGGGAGAUAGAGGCGGGUGGAUCUCUGAUCUGUUAGUUCGAGAACAGCCUAGCCUACAUAACAAACUACAGACCAGCUGAGACCAUGUGGAAAGACACUGUCUCAGAAGUUCAUGUCUGGAGUUGAGGCUCCCAGACACAGCGUUCACCUGACAGUGAAGAGCGGCACUUCAUGUCCUAACCCUAGUGUUCGCUUCACCAAUGGCAGCCUGGGGCCUGUGCUCUAACAUGGGUCAAAGGCACUGAGGUCCUGUGCCCUCCUUUUCUCCUCUCUGCUCCACCCACCCCACCAGGCAGAUGACCCCUCAGCACACGUGGGAUCUCCUCACCCCCUUCCCCGUUAUUGUUGGUCCCUUCACUACUGCAUUCCUUGGGCUGCACCCUCCCCAGCCUUGGGCCUACUGUGCUUUUCAGUCCAACACUAUCCCUCUGGCUGAUCUGCCUUGCUCAAACUCUUGGCCAUCGAGGCCUCUCCUGACCACUCUGGGGACUCGUCCAGUUUUCUCUGACCUCAUAUCCCACCUGGCUGUAGCCACAACCCUCUUAUCUUGGCUCCCUAGUAUAUGCAGAGGCCUGGUCAAAGGUCUCUGGUGGGUGUUUGCUGUGCUCCUCUCUAGUCUCUCCUCCUUUCCCCCCAUUUUGAGGGUUUUUGGUUUGUUUGGAAAUAGGGUGUCAUGUAACCCAGAUAUAACUUAGGUUGGCCUUAUAACUGAAGUGACCUUGAACUCCUUCCUGAUCAUCCUGCCUCUGCUUCUCAAGUGCCAUGGUCACCAGUGUGCAGUCUCACCCAGGCCCAAGUCUUUAGGGCCCACACUCUAGGCAGCCUGGACAACCCCACUGAGACUCUUGCUGAUGCCUUUUAAGUGUCCUGUGGCAAGUCACAGACUGGUGGACUUGGAUGUCACUUUUUUUUUUUAAUAGCUCAGGAGUCCCUCCCCUCAAGUGACAGUUUAGUAUCGGGUCUCAGUUGCUGCUGCUACAGAUCUUGUGGGCUACCACAGGAAUUUAUCCCUUUGUACAGAGUCCCUUCAACCAUGUUGGGGGAUUAAAGCAUGGGUAUCAUCAGGGACAGCACUCCACAAAUCUACAUCUACCCAGCUUGUGCCCAGAUUUGUCCUGGACGCGUCAACAUAGUCCCACUCUCCUGUUAAUAGCCAGUCAGAGCCCACACUCACCUUGCCUACCCUUCACUCCUCAGCUCCUAGCAGGACCUUGGCUCCUGCCCAUCCCCCACCAAGGGUUGGAACCACAGACCCGCCUGUUCCUAGAAGCCAGCUGCCCUGCAUAUUUUUAGCUUCCUAUUUUUGAAUUCCACAAUCAUUUCUGAGUCAUCCAGCUGACUGCCUUCUGGUCACAAGGUCCCUGUGUGGACCAUAUUUCAAACCAGACAGUGGAACAUGAUGUGAUGGAAUGUGUGAUGUAGCCACCAUGGACCAUGGCCUUCUAGUAGCUGAUGUAAAGGCAGUACUGGUUUGCUAGAAGAUGUGGGCUAGGAAGCCCACACAAUCCCAGGUCAUGUGCUGAGUGGAGGCUGGCCUGAGGGAUACUUGCCAGCCACAGGACUCAUUAUCACCAAGGCUUCACUGAGCCAAAGCCAAGUGACAGGGCUGGAGGUUUUUGGGUGUGGCUAGAACAGCAUGGCGGGCAUAUGUGUGGAAGUCCACAGCUCCCAGACUCCCAAAGUUUAAAUGGACUGUAGAGAUGAUGUAUAGUCCUUGUCCGUCAAAAUAAAGCAGGCAUGCUGCUCGUUCCUGGUGUCCCAACACUGGAGACUGAGGCAGGAGGAUCGCUGCAUUUUAAAACCAUCCUGGGCUACACAGACCUCAUCUCAAACAAAAAGCCAGGUGUGGCGUGGUGUAUCCACCUGUAGUCCCAGCACUUGGGAGGCUGAGUGGGAGGGGUAGUUCCAGGCAGGGGCUAAUGAAUCCAAGUCCAGUGUAAGCUGCAUGAGACCCUAUCUCAAAAAACCACCAACCCCACAGCCCAAAAAACCCCACACUGCAUAUUUGGGUAGGCACAGGACUCCUAUAGAGUGCAGAAGACAAGUCCCUGUGUUCAAUAGUGACUGCAGCAGGUCAAUUCCAACACUUCAGGUCCCUGAACUGUGUGCUAGUUAUAGUUAGAUGGGCCUGUUGUGUGUUUUCUCAGCUGGUCGAUGUGCACCUAAUUACAUUGCUAACUUGAAGUCUGGGAGAUCUCAGUCCAGUUUUUUGUAUAGCCACGUUCUACUGGUAGUGAAAGCACGGGGCACUGGCACUUUCCCAUGGGUCUCUUGGCUGGAGGCAUAGGACACAGCUAGUGCCCUCCAGAAGAGGUCAUCAGUUAGCACACAUACACUACAUUCCUCUCUCUCUUGCCUGCUCACAGCCAAAACCCAGCUCAUACACCUGAUGGCAGCUGAAACUGUCACCAACUUGGCUAUAGACCCCAGGCUAGUCUUGUUCCUACCAUCCUUGUAUCCUUGACGGACCAAUCAGGCCCAUCCCAGCACCUUCUAAGUAAAGUCUGCUUCUUCUGAGUUUGCACAGACACAUUGAAAGAUCCGUGUGUCCCCUGGCUUUCCCACCAGGCAGGAAAAACACAUGCAAAGAUGCUGAGGUUUCUUUUCACUAGGCCAACUUGGGCAGGGAUAGUCGCCCUCCAGGAUCAAGUGUGUCUAUUGGUGCUAUGCCCAUCCAUGGUUCUCCUACAGCCCUGGCCCAGGACACAGAGGAGAUGCUCCCCACUUGCCAUAUUACCUCAGGCCCCUGGAAGGGUAGAACUCCCCAAGUAAAUCAAUGGCUGCUUUCACAAGCUCAUGCUGUAACAGACCUCCAGACCUUAGCACAACUGACUCCAUGAAAGAAGUGCCAUUCAGACUAACACUGAGCACAUAGACAGCAUCACCUGUCAAAACAAAAACAAAGACCUAAUCCUUUAAAGUCCAUAGUUCUA